AUGGAUUCUUUCUACCAGGAUUUGGAAGAAAGAGAUGAUGACAAAACAGUGAUACCGCAAGCAUCUACACCAAAGGAAGAUCGAAUUGAUAUCUCCGAAAAGGAUCUUGAGAUAGAUUAUCUCAAGGAUAAGGUUUCAGCGGAUAGAGGAGGCCGGUCUGUAUCAGGUACGAUAACCAAAGUAAAGAAAAGGAAUAAUAGGAAGAAAAAGAAGAAGAAAAAGGAAAAAAGAAGUACAAGCAAAAGACACAGAGAGUACAAAUACGAUCGCCUUCUUCAUGACCAAUAUAUUACCCAAAAUGAGACACCCCUUAUUGGACAGCAAAGUGAACGGAAUCCAAAUGAUAACACAAGGAUUUUUUUUCCAGGAUUAUUACUUGGAACCUUUCUGGGAUCGAUGGUGACAAAAUUUUUCCUUGAGACCACAUCGCUGUAG